GGUAAUGGAGCGCGCCUCCCUCCCAAAACGGGCUCCCUCCAGAUCCGGGCCAGUCUUGGGUCCCUCUUUCUUAUGGUAAUGAGGGGGGGGGGCGAGAGGGCGGGGAGCAGUCCCGGCUGGGUCACUGCGGCUUUCUCUGUCUCUACCCUCUUCCCCCUCCUUGGCGCGCUCCCUCUCCGCUCUCCCCCUCCCGCUCUUCCAGAGUCGAUCCCGGCUCGGGGCCGCGGGGAGAGGUUCUCCGCAGAGCAGACAAAGCCCACAGCCGCGAUGCGGGGAGAACCCGGUUCUGCGCGCUGUGGGGGCCAGGAUGGGGUGCCGGGCUGGAGGGUGGGACCCCCUGGCAAAAGACGGGGUCCGCUCAUCCUCAAGCGGCAAGCCAUCCCCCCUCAUCCCCUCCCGCCCCCCAGUCUCGGAGAUCUGAGAGGCACCGACUGGGAGUUCCAGGUCAUAGCCCGGCUGUCUGAUGCCCCUUAUUGCCAGUACUCCAGGGGCACUUCCAUGCCCUUCCAGGGUGGACCCAUGGGGCCUGCUGCCACUCUUGCCAACUCUCCGACCCUUGAGAACCUCCGUCAACACCAGGCAGCCUGGGCUCCAGGAACCCCCUCUCUGCCCCAGCAGCUUCCUCCUUGUGCGCGUCUCUCCCAUUUCUGCACCCCAAUUUCCAGAGUGCCUGUGGCCGAGGGUGAGAAUCUAUCAGCCCCCAGGGAGAAGCCCUGUGGAGACCUAUUAGAGCCUUUGCACGGACACCGGUGACUCACAGUGUUCGCGGGAGCGCCGCAUCCACGCCAGCCAGCCCAGAUCCCGAG